AUGUCGGGGCAUGAGGGUUCUGUCAAUGAGGCGGACGCGUCAACGCUGCAGCACAUCAGCGCCAAAGUGGAUGCUCUGCUGAUGCUCUGCGAGACCGACAGCGAGUUGCGCAAUUAUUCCCUCAAGUUCAAACUCGAACAGGCCGUUGAUAAAACGGCGUUCGAAGCAAAGCGCGAGGCAGGCGAGGAGAUGCUGCACUUCCGCAGAGUACUGCAGCGCAUGGCGGACCUUGCCCUGCACGUCGCACCACACAUACUGCGCCGUGUGCGGAAGUAUGUAAAGAGUAAACAUACAUCACAUAAUGGUGAGGUUUCGUCUGAGAAAACGAAUACAGAUACACUUCAUGCAAAUUCUAAUAGCCUUCAGCGUAGUAGUAGUGUGGAAGAGUUCUGCGAUGGCUCAGAGGCAUGGUUGGAGAGUGGAGCCCAUUUGUCUUAUACCGCCGUAGAGUUGCUUUGUCUCAUAUUGGUAAGCCAUCCACGGCUUGUAAAAUAUCUACAAAUGUACUUGUUCGAGUGCCGAGUAUUGGAAUAUAUUGAAGAUGCAUUAAGUAUUUCACGAGAGCAAGAAAUUACGUUUUUUCAAGAGGGAUACAGAACAGAACAUAUACGACUUUUAGCAAAUCUUACUCUUGAUAAUGAAAAAGUAUGUUCCACCAUAGUUAGUAAUUCUGCAAUUCUCUCAGCAAUUCUCACGGGUACUCGAUUUGACGAGGAAAAUCCCGGUAUGGUCCAGUGGGCUGAAUUCACUAUCCGUAAUCUCUGUUGCUGCAUAAGUGAAGCACGUGAAAUUAUACGUCAACUUACACCUAUCAGUAUAUCGGAUGAAAGCAAAGAAUUACUUGCUGGUAAGGUUGACUGUCAUAUUAAUCACGCUGGCAAAGUAGUUAUUGGUAAACCGUCCCAUGCAUCGACAGAAUAG